CCCCGGGCUUCUCGGUGCACUUUGUGCCGUGGUUGUUCCGUAAAUAGGACGAGUGCAGAUGUACGCAGUUAUUUUUUCCUAGUUAAAGUCUAUGAUGCAGUUAAAAUCCACAGGGAUUUUUUUUCUUGUUUACAGGAUUAAGCUCUCCGUUAUUUGAUGUUUAUUCUUUCUGUAUUUUUAUAGAAAAAUGGAAAUUGCCACUCCUCCAACGUCGAAGUGUAUUAUAUACUGGAAAAGAAAAGUCAAGUCUGAAUAUAUGCGUCUUCGGCAGCUCAAGAGGUUCCAGGCGAACAUGGGAGCUAAGGCUCUGUUUGUGGCCAACUUUGCAAAAGUUCAUGAAAAGACUCAAAUUCUGAAUGAAGACUGGAAGAAGCUUCGAGUCCAGCCGGUGCAAUUGAUGAAGCCAGUCAGCGGGCACCCGUUCCUAAAACAGUGCACUGUUGAGAGCAUUUUCCCGGGAUUUCCAAGCCAGACGCUGUACAUGAGGACCCUGAACACGGUGGCGCUGGUGCCCAUUAUGUACUCCUGGUCCCCUCUUCAGCAGAAUUUCAUGGUGGAGGAUGAAACUGUUCUGUGCAAUAUCCCUUACAUGGGAGAUGAGGUGAAGGAAGAAGAUGAAACUUUCAUUGAAGAACUUAUUAAUAACUAUGAUGGGAAGGUUCAUGGAGAGGAAGAAAUGAUUUCAGGGUCAGUCCUCAUCAGCGAUGCCGUGUUCCUGGAGCUAGUGAACGCCCUGAAUCAGUACUCGGACGAGGAAGAGGAAGGACACAAUGAUUCUGAGGUUAAACAGGAGGAUGGGAAAGAAGAGCUGCCGGUCACAAGGAAAAGAAAGCGAAUUGCAGUGGAAGGUAACAAGAAGUGUUCAAAGAAGCGGUUUCCAAAUGACAUGAUAUUCACUGCUAUUUCUUCUAUGUUUCCUGAAUACGGUUUCCCAGAUGAUAUGAAAGAGAGGUACCGAGAGCUCACAGAAGUGUCGGACCCGAACGUGCUGCCGCCGCAGUGCACUCCCAACAUAGACGGGCCGUGUGCGAAGUCGGUCCAGCGGGAGCAGUCCCUGCACUCCUUCCACACCCUCUUCUGCCGCCGCUGCUUCAAAUACGACUGUUUUCUGCAUCCUUUUCAUGCUACUCCUAAUGUGUACAAACGAAAGAAUAGAGAGACCAAGAUCGAGCCAGAUCCUUGUGGAGCAGACUGUUUCCUCUGGCUGGAAGGAGCCAAGGAGUUUGCUGCGCUGCACAACCCCAGGUCCAAGUGCUCAGGCCGGCGCCGCCGGAGGCACCACGUGGUGGGUGCUUCUUGCUCAAACACCCUGGCUUCUGCCGUCGCUGAGACGAGGGAGGGCGAUAGCGACCGAGACACGGGCAACGAGUGGGCCUCUAGCUCCUCGGAGGCAAACUCCCGCUGCCAGACCCCCACCAAGCAGAAGCUGAGCCCGGCCUCCUCCCAGCUGUUUGCGGUGGAGACGCCGCAGGAGCCCGUCGAGUGGACGUGCUCGAUUGCCAGGCUGCUGGGAACAAAGACGUGCAAGCAGGUCUUUCAGUUUGCAGUGAAAGAAUCACUUAUAACAAAACUGCCAACAAAUGAAUUAAUGAAUCCAUCCCAGAAGAAGAAAAGGAAGCACAGGCUGUGGGCUGCGCACUGCAGGAAGAUUCAGCUGAAGAAAGAUAAUUCACCUACCCAGGUGUACAACUACCAGCCCUGUGACCACCCCGAGCAUCCCUGUGACAGCUCCUGCCCUUGCAUCAUGACUCAGAAUUUCUGUGAGAAGUUCUGCCAGUGCAACCCUGACUGUCAGAACCGCUUCCCAGGCUGUCGCUGUAAAACCCAGUGCAACACCAAGCAAUGCCCGUGCUACCUGGCCGUGCGGGAGUGCGAUCCGGACCUCUGCCUGACCUGUGGGGCUUCAGAGCACUGGGACUGCAAGGUGGUCUCCUGCAAGAACUGCAGCAUCCAGCGAGGUCUCAAAAAGCAUUUGUUGCUGGCACCGUCGGAUGUCGCCGGCUGGGGGACUUUCAUCAAGGAAUCUGUGCAGAAGAAUGAGUUCAUCUCUGAGUACUGUGGUGAGCUUAUUUCACAGGAUGAGGCUGACCGGCGAGGGAAGGUCUAUGAUAAGUACAUGUCCAGCUUCCUCUUCAACCUCAACAACGAUUUUGUUGUUGACGCCACCCGCAAAGGAAAUAAAAUCCGCUUUGCCAAUCACUCGGUGAACCCCAAUUGCUAUGCCAAAGUUGUGAUGGUGAACGGAGACCACCGGAUAGGGAUCUUUGCCAAGAGGGCCAUCCAGGCAGGAGAGGAGCUCUUCUUUGAUUACAGGUACAGCCAGGCAGACGCCCUGAAGUAUGUCGGCAUAGAGAGGGAGACAGAUAUCAUCUAGGCUCUGUGCGGGGCGGUCCCCAGCACACCUUGCUGCUGCACCUUGUAAGCAAUGCCAUGUUUGCUUCACGCUGACAUGACUGCUGCUGUUCCCGUUGCUGUGUGUGUCACAAGUGCUACUUUCCAUCCAGACGCCCAGAGAGAGACUCGGGGCAGGAGUGUGAGCGGCUGCUGCCAGGGUGGCAGCUUUGCCAGCCCUGGGCUGGGGCAGGCUCUGGAGCCUUGCUCUGCGGGCGGUCUCCCGGGCUGGAGGGGAGCUGGGGCUUGAAGAAAAGCUGUGGUGCAGGAGGAGGGACAGCUGUGAAUUCUCAGUCUCUUUCCAUUUUCGGCCGACUGCUGGAAGAACGAGAGCGAGUGAGGUACCACCUGCACUGGGACCCGGGGCACAGCUAGUGGGCAGAGGGGCUGGUGCUCCCCUCCAGCCCUGUCCCCUGGGAUAAGCUCUGGUCUCGAGUGCUAUCUCUUGCUGCCUGUUUUGUCCUGUUGACAAGGACAGCGACAGGGUUGGAAGCCAUAGAGACAUGGCUGCAGCGGUCCCCCGGCCCCAAGCUGCUGUCACUGAGGCACUGUUUCCCCUCUGCCCCAGCUGGCUGGGGGACAGACCGCCUAGCCGUGGCUGGUGUGGCACGAUGCUUGGGGAUGGGGAGAGCAGCACUAUGCAAAAAGUCACUUUGGGUAGGGACGCCACUGAGCUGGUUAGAGACAAUGUUGGGGUGCUGCUGCAAGCACAAGAGGGGUCCAGAGGCAGCAGGAACCCGUGAGCCUGAGGAAGCCCUUCCAGCCUGUGGCGUUUUCUCGUGACUGUGGGGUGGCUGCUUGGCUUGUGCCCGUCCCCAGCUGCUCUGCUGCCUGGCCCUUCUGGGGCUGGCACGUGGAUGCUUCUGCUGGGCAGCUUUGGGGCUGCGGGGGGGAACUCCCGCUGACCGGCUGGGGCUGCACCCAGAGCGGGAGACGGGCCUUGGCCUCCCUGCACCCAGGCGGGCGCUUCCUGACCAUGCGGUACCAGAGCUGGUUCCUCCACCGUCCUCUGUCAGGACAGUCCCCUUCAGGCAGCACAGGCUCUGUGGGAGGUGUUGGGCCCUUCGGGAGCCAGCAGAGCAGGGCCCCUCAGGGCAGGAGCCUUUCGUUGCACAGGACUUUUUGAAUGUUGCUGUGCCGAGGUUUGAACAGGGUGCAGCAGACCUGCCGCUGCCUGCGGUGACUUGGGGAAGGCUCCUCAGAAACCUGCCUAGAGGUUUCUGACACCCUGACCCUGGGGAUAAAGGGGAAAUGUUCUCUGGCAGGGCGAGGUUUGGCCUUAGCACCCCAUGCAAAAAGAAAAAGAAAAAAGCACUUUAAUCCUCAGCCGGCAGCUGGGCCCCAUGUACUGCUCUGGGGGUGGAGGGACCACAGACGUCCCAGACGGCUGUCAUCCCUCAGCAGCACCUUUGCAGGGAUGUUGCUCCAGGCCUGGGAUGGGGCAGUCUGGAUGGGGGGCUCUUCCCUGAGCAGGGCCUGGGGUGACCUGAAGGAUGGGGCUGCCCGUAGGAGCCACGUGUGCUGCCAGCCAACUGCCCGGCCUGAUGCUGAGUGCCGGAGGGUGCUCUGCCGGGCACCGCACCGGGCUGUCCAGGGGUGAUGAGGGCCUGGAGCUGCGGGCUUCCAGCGCUGGGCUCCUGGGAU